GCAAGGCUCGCGUCAUUUUUGCAUUGCCGCCGCUCUCGGCGCCGGCUCCUCGGCCUGCCGCGGCCGCGGCCGCUGCCGCUUCUCUCUCCUCCAGCUUUUGUGCUCGCUGCUGCCGGACAGCCGGAAGCAAUGGCCGGCGGGAGUCUUUAUGGUCACAGGAUUCAGACGCAUUCAAUGGCCUGAUCCUUGGUACACUGCUGUACAUCACCUCCUGCCCGGCUGCCUCCCUCUCCCUCUCUCAUUGAUUCCCAACUCCACAGCCACAAGGAACCCCUGCCCAUGUGAACAGUGAGCAUGCUGGCGCUGUAGCACCCUCUGCUCGAUAUAUAGGCACGCCAGCUACUGUUGCCGACCUCAUUCAGUGAGUGGCUAGCUAGAGCUAGGCGACGUUCAGUCGAGCUCGAGCUCUCAUGGGACUCCAGCUUUACUCCUCAUCCCUGCUGCUUCUCCUCCUGCUAUCCUCUCACGGCCUGCACGCUGCCGAAGGUAGAGCGCUGCAUUUCCAGCCCAAGGAUCCACCAAAGAUUGGCAAGGGCGUGGCGGUGGCGGAGUCGCUGAUCGGGUCGAGGCCGCCGCGGUGCGAGGGCAAGUGCGCGCCGUGCGGGCGGUGCGAGGCGGUGCAGGUGCCCGUCGCGCCGCGAGUAGUCGACGGCGGCAGGGGCGAGGCCGCGCCCGGCCGCGCCCGCCUGUACAGCAGGGCCGCCGGCGCCGGCGCCAGGGUCGAGGAGAGCUACACCGACUACAAGCCCCUCAACUGGAAGUGCCGGUGCGCGGACUGGCGAGCCCUGGAUCCGUGAUCCGGCUGCGACCUCGACUCCUCUCGAGCUGCUGAUGCCGAGCCCAUGAUAAUUUUUACUAGACUUGAUUUCAGCUGUUGGAUGAUCCAUGAGCCAUUAAUCAUAGACUGAUCUUUUAGAUGUUCUCGUCGCUACCUAGGUUUUGGUACGCAAUAGAGAUGCUUGUAGUUUGGCUAGUGAUCAGGCUCUUUCAAGGGUUGCUUCUUAGUAUUGCUACUCCGUGUUAGCCUAUAAUUAAUUAAUCAGAGUAGAGAAAUGGUGUUCCUUUGUGCAUCAGUAGCCUGGCAUUACCAUUUCAGUUCAUGACAAGUUCUCCAUUCUGGUCCUAUA